AUGGCCAUGUUCCAACGCUGGAAGCUUUCUCUCGUGGUAAGUUGGCUGAACCUGGUGCUGACGGGACCAAAUCCACUGGCCGUGGCACACCACGUGGUCCAUGAAAGAGACUUUGUGGUCUCUGUCGGCGGCGGUAUUGGCCCUUUGGUCUCGUUCUGUGUCCAACGUGGUACUCAUGCCAACGGCAAGAAUGGGUUCGUCUUGGAUGGAGUCGAUGAUGUCACCCCCAUCAAUCCAAGCGCUACCACCUGGAAGAACGAGAAAGAGCUUCCCCAUUAUGCCCUUGGCGCUGUGCUGGACUACUGGGCCUGUUUACCAGGUGGCAGUGAUGGAGCCCUCCAUUACGACCCCAACAACCUGGCUACCACCUAG